AUGGAGAAGACCAUGAAAUGGAUGUAUGGUUUUGAUGACCAUAAAAAGUGUUGGCAACCUACAAGAACAGCAGAUGGAGGAAACGUUGGUGGUGCUGUUCCUAUCUCUGCGUUGACCAUCAAUGAUAAAGGUUGGCAUAACCGCACGGACAUUCUAACCCGCCCAUGGAAUCUGCCGCUGGAGCGCUUUUUGAUCAAGAAAGAUGAGACAGUUCUUUUCCGUAUCACAAAUGGAGGAGUAGCUCAAGAACUUAUGCUCCACAUCGAAGGCCACAAGUUGAUCGUCACUGCUGCCGACGGUGAUGAUUGUGUUCCCCAUGAGGUUGAUCGGCUCAUUAUCUUCCCCGGAGAACGUUACGAUGUUGCCAUAAAAGGUCUCAAAAAUCCAUCGAAGAAGACCUACAUGGCAGUAAUUGAAACCGUGCAGUACUACUACUUUGACUGGACUCGCGUCGAAACCGAUUACGGAGUAGCGUUUCUGGAAUAUGAGGAUGUGAACAUGCCAGAGGAGAGAUCUCCACGUGAGUGCAGUUAUUUUUGUCAAUUCAGAGGCUCGUGCAGAUAGUA